UCAGAUCCAGUGACUCCCCUUUCUUCAGGGUGCAGAAGGUGCAGAGCCAGGCAGCGGGUACAGGAGUCUCCCCUAAGGCCAGCGGGGCAAGUGCAGCUAAGACUGGCUGGGCCCAUCUCAGGAGAGCUGGGAAGUCGUUUCCAGGGCAGCAUGGCCUCCUGGGCGUGGCUGGUGGGCUGCGUGCUGGCCACGUGCCUGGCUUCCACCUUGCCACAGAAUGUGUGCAGAGCUCCCGAUGGAAGGCCGGGGCAGCCCGGAGCCCCAGGUCUGGAUGGGCGUCCAGGGCCCAAGGGGGAACGUGGAGAGCAAGGGAUACCAGGAGCAAGGACAGGAGUCCGUGGCCCCAAGGGGGAUGAGGGUGAACCUGGCCCUCCUGGAAAGCCAGGGAAUAGAGGUUUUGGAGGUCCCUCUGGCCCUCAAGGACCCCAAGGAAUAGCUGGAGAGAAGGGCCCCAAGGGAGAGGUGGGAAGAAUGCAAAACCAGGUUAAACCAGCCUUCUCAGCGAUCCGGAGGAACCCGCAAGAGAAUGGGAACGUGGUCAUAUUCGACAGCAUCAUCACCAACCAGGAAGACCGCUACCAGAGCAACACCGGCAAGUUUAUCUGCAAUUUCCCCGGUUACUACUACUUUACCUUCCAGGUAGUGUCCUCUGGGGACCUUUGUCUCUUCAUCGUGUCCUCCAAAGGAGGUCAGACCAGACGCAACUUGGGUUUCUGUGACAGCAACAGCAAGGGGCUUUAUCAGGUCAACUCUGGCGGCACGGUACUGAAGCUGGGCGAGAGAGACGAGGUGUGGAUCGAGACGGACCCCCAGCGGGGGAACAAGAUCUACAACGGCAGAGAUGUGGACAGUAUCUUCAGUGGCUUCCUGCUUUUCCCCUCCAACUGGACAGAGCCCUUCUUCACGGGCCGUGGCCGCCACCUGCUGGCCAGCGCCGGGCUGCACAGGAAGGUCGUUAACCAUCACCAGAAGUCUUGGUGGUCUUGGGAGAACCAAGUGCAAACGAACGCCGGUCAGCCCGGCCGGGAGCACGGCCCCGGGAUGGACAUGAAGCUGCCUCGAAGCCACAGCCUGAAUCUGCUCCUGUUGUUAUUGGCCAUUCUGGGAGGGACCCAAGCUGAUCCAACCAGCUGUUAUGGGAUCCCUGGAAUGCCUGGUCUGCCUGGAGUUCCAGGGAAAGAUGGCAGAGAUGGGCUGAGGGGGCCCAAGGGGGAACCAGGGAUACCAGCCAUUCCUGGGACAAGCGGGCCCAAGGGCCAGAAAGGAGAUCCAGGACUCCCAGGUCAUCCUGGGAAGAAUGGCCCCCCGGGACCAGCUGGGCCCCCGGGUGAUCCCGGCUCCCAGGGUCCACCGGGAAAGCCGGGUAUCCCCGGGAAAUACAAGCUGAAGUACCAGUCAAUGUUCUCAGUGACAAGGAAAACCCAGGAGCACCCAGAACCCAAUAAACUUGUCAGGUUCAAUACGGUCAUCAGCAACCCUCAGGGACACUAUGAUGUGAGCACAGGCAAAUUCACCUGCCAGGUUCCGGGUCUCUAUUACUUUGUCUACCAUGUGUCCCAGACGGCCAACUUGUGCCUGAUGCUGGUGAUGGACGGGACCAGAAAGGCCUCCUUCUGUGACCACAUAUCCAACAAAAAGCAGGUCACCUCAGGUGGGGUUCUGCUCCGAAUGGAGCUGAACCAACAGGUGUGGCUGGAGGUCAAUGACUAUAAUGGCAUGACUCCUGGCACCCUUGGGACCUCUUCAAACUGCAAGGGACUGACCUACCCAGGAGGAAGUAGUAAUAGGGCAGAGAUGAAGAUGAAACCUUUGAAGUGGGCUCUAGGGACACUGUUCCUGCUAGCCCUGGCUGUUACCGCACUGACUGAGGCUCCCUGCAAUGGGCAUGCUGCCAUCCCAGGGAUGCCUGGAAUACCGGGAGUGGCUGGCCCCAAUGGCAAGGAUGGAAGCCCUGGGAUCAAAGGAGAAAAAGGGCUGCCAGGAGUACUGGGAGAUUCAGGAGAAAUUGGGGAAAAAGGAGAUUCUGGGAAUCCUGGAAACCCAGGAAAAGUGGGUCCCAAGGGCCCCAGUGGCCCCAAAGGCAUCCCUGGGCCUGUGGGUCCCCCUGGACCUCCAGGUGAAUCCGGAGACUAUGGCAACAUAGCAAAGUCGGCCUUCUCUGCCUCGAGGACCAUCCACGCUCAGCUGCGGAAGGACCAGCCCAUCCGCUUUGACCGAAUGAUCUCCAGGGAAAGCGGUGAUUAUGAGCCUCGUAGCGGCAAGUUUAGUUGCCGGGCCCCAGGACUCUACUACUUCACCUACCAUGCCAGCUCCCGGGGCAAUCUGUGCGUCAUCCUCAUCAAGGCCAGACGGGGCGCAGCCAAGGAGAAAGUGGUAACCUUCUGUGACUUCGUGUACAACAGCUUCCAGGUCACCACAGGAGGGGUGGUCCUCAAGCUGGCAGAGGGUGAUUCGGUUUGGCUGGAGGUCAACGAAAGAAAUUCCCUGGUGGGCUUGGAUGGGGCCAGUAGCAUUUUCUCUGGAUUCCUGCUCUUCCCUGACACAUGACCUGGUAAAUCCUGAGUCCUGUCUGGCUCCACUUUCCCCCUCACUGAUUUCUUACUCCUCACCUAAUUUGACUUCACAUAAAAAUAAAGAGUUUUGGAACUACAAAGAA